AGAACAAACACAUCAGAGUAGAAACGUCCAUAAAAAGCGCCUUGCUUACAUACAUUUUUCCUAUUCUUUGUUCGACUUACCUAUUGCUUAGGCUCUUCCAUCAAUCGAUUGGAAUCAGAAUCCCCGUUCACAUACUCAGAACACAGCACAACGUAUUUGCCAUACAGCCGAAAAUGCCCAAGGUACUACUUACCGGUGGAUCUGGCUUUAUCGCCGCCCACGUCCUCGACCUCCUCCUAAAGCGGGGCUACGAAGUCGUAACGACCGUGCGCUCGGAAACCAAGGCUUCGCCCAUCCGCGCCAAGUAUCCCGGCGCGAAGCUGACAGUGGCCAUCGUGCCGGACAUCGGGGCGCCGGACGCCUUCAACAGCGUCAUCGCUAGCAACCCGGAUCUCGACUACGUGCAGCACACAGCCUCGCCGUUCCACUACCACUGGACGGACGCGCGCACGGAGCUGCUCGAGCCCGCCGUCAACGGGACCACCUCUGUGCUGCGCGCCGUCGCCAAGCACGCGCCCUCGGUGAAGCGCGUCGUCGUCACCAGCUCCUUCGCCGCCAUCCUCUCCGAGGCCGACCUCGCGAACCCGCACCGCACCUUCUCCGAGGCCGACUGGAACCCGAGCUCGUACGAGGACGGCGUCACGGGCUCCGCCGCCACCUCGUACCGGGUGUCCAAGAAGUUCGCCGAGAAGGCCGCGUGGGACUUCGUCGCGACCGAGAAGCCGGGCUUCGACCUCGCCACCAUCUGCCCGCCCCUCGUCUUCGGCCCCGUCGCCCACCACCUGGACUCGCUGGCCGCCAUCAACACGAGCAACGGCCGGUUCGCGGAGCUGCUGCAGGGAAAAUGGAAGGAGGAGAUCCCGGCGGCGGGCGUGUUUCUGUGGGUGGACGUGCGGGACGCGGCGCUCGCGCACGUCGAGGCGAUGGAGCGGCCUGAGGCGGGCGGCAAGCGGUUCUUCACGACGGCGGGGUACUACGACAACCGGCGGAUACUGAAGGCGGUGCGGGCUGCGUUCCCGGAGCUCGCGGGCCAGCUGCCGGCGGAGGACGUCAGGGGGGCGCCGGGGGCUGACUUCCCCGCGGGUGGCUCGAUCGGGUUCGAUAACUCGCGCGCCACCAAUGUCUUGGGCAUUGAUUGGAUCCCGUUGGAGAAGAGCGCCGCAGACACGAUUAAGAGUCUGCAGGGUAUACCGGCCUAGAGGGGUGGAAAUGGUAGGUUGAUAAAGGAGAAGAAGAAGGCGAGACGAGGAAGACACCAUGCAGUACAAACAUAGUAGUGGAGUACUAGGUUAGGUACCUAGGUAGUUACUACCUACUAGUAUGGUUAGAAAGUUAACUUUACAUUUAAAAUUAAACUAAAAACUCGCGUCGUCCUUACCUAUUAGCUUGUACACUACUAGGUACCCUAUAUACUAUACUACAAGUUGUAUGGAUGUAGCAGCUGCGAU